UUUAUUAAUAAAUAGACAUGAAACUAGAGACGAACAGUGUCUGGACAAGAGAAACAAAACAACAACAAUGCAGACAUGGGAAUGAAACUGAGGAAGUGACAGAUAUAGGGGAGGUAAUCAAUGACGUGAUGGAGUCCAGGUGAGUCCGAUGAAGCGCGGGUGCGCGUAAAAAUGGUGACAGUUGUGCGUAAUGAUGAGCAGCCUGGCGACCUCGAGCGCCAGAGAGAGGGAGCUGGAGCAGACGUGACAAUUUCAUUAUUCAAAACAAAGCAUUUACCUAUUUUCUGUCCAAAAGAAACAUUAGUGUUUUAAAGCUGUUUUUGAUGUCCUCACUACAGCAUUCCCAGAGUAUGGUGACGCAGGUCAAGUCCAAUCCUACCUUACUGGCACAUAGGAUGGCCAAUGUCAGACACAGACGACAGGACAGACACCCAGUUGACCGCACCAUCCCCAAGUCCAGGCUGAUUACCUGGGACCCCUCUGAGGACUUUGUGAAGACCAGCCACAUGGUCAACACACCUGUACAGACCAUACACAUCAUGGGGAACCUGGGACCAGCGGGCAAACUUGGCCAAAAGGAGAAGGAAUGCUUGUUGUGCACGAUAAGAGCAGAUGGAAAUGGAGUGGUUACCAUCAAACCAGACUUCAACAAAGGCAAGGUGCCCUACAGGCCAGUGACCCGCACCUGCUGAAGUCAAAAUGUUUUACCCCUAGCUCAAGUUGAGACGGAGGGGGAGAAGAGGGAGGUGUGGCGUCAGACCAGAGGAGACGGAACAGCAACAGUGCAUAUAUAGAC